UGGAAUAUUAAACGAGCAGAUGGUGCGCGAGGCAGCCGGAUGUAUUGUUGAAGGGAGGGCUCUGACUGGUGCGCGACAGCACUAGCAAAGUAAUAGUAACCUAGAACAUAUUCUUUCUAUUAUUUUGUAUAUUCACACGAUCUGACCAGUAGGAUAGUGUAAAUUGGGAUUACAGAAAUUGGCUCCGACGACGGAUUUUACAGCGAGGAAAUAGGCUACCAAGCGGUGAUAAAUCCGUUUCUCGUGUUCUUUGAAACAUCGGGAAUCAAAGCUCUGCCUCCCAGUGAACCGCUACACCGGCCGGCAUGUCUUACCAAGGCAAGAAGAACAUUCCCCGUUUGUCGACUGAUCGCCUCAUUAUCAAAGGAGGAAAGAUCGUUAAUGACGACCAGUCUUUCUACGCAGACAUCUAUGUGGAGGAUGGCACCAUCAAGCAGAUUGGUGAGAACCUUUUAGUUCCAGGAGGGGUGAAGACUGUUGAUGCCUACGGACACAUCGUGAUCCCCGGUGGCAUCGAUGUGAACACCAGCCUCCAGACCUCCCAGCUGGGAAUGAGCCCUUCAGAUGACUUCUACCACGGGACCAAGGCUGCCCUGGCAGGGGGCACCACCAUGAUCAUUGACCAUGUGGUCCCUGAGCCUGGUGCCAGCCUCCUGGGGGCCUACGACCAGUGGAAGGACAUAGCAGACAGGGGGUCCUGCUGUGAUUACUCCCUCCACAUGGACAUCACCCGCUGGCACGACGGACUCUUUGAAGAGAUGGAGAGUCUGGUGAAGGAUAAAGGAGUCAAUUCCUUCUUGAUCUUCAUGGCUUACAAGGACAAAUUCCAGAGCUCAGAUAGUCAGAUGUAUGAGAUGUUUGGUAUCAUUAGAGACCUGGGUGCCAUCGCUCAGGUUCACGCUGAGAACGGUGACAUCAUUGACGAGGAGCAGAAGCGACUACUGGAGCUGGGGAUCACUGGGCCUGAGGGACAUGUGCUGUGUCACCCAGAGGAGGUGGAGACAGAGGCAGUGUACCGGGCCAUCACCAUCGCCAAGCAGGCCAACUGUCCUCUCUACAUCACCAAGGUGAUGAGCAAGUCGGCUGCUGAUGUCAUCGCCAAGGCCAGGAAGAAGGGCAUGGUGGUUUAUGGCGAGCCAAUCACAGCCAGCCUUGGGACAGACGGAUCACACUAUUGGAGUAAGAACUGGGCUAAGGCUGCCGCGUUCGUCAUGUCCCCGCCCCUCAGCCCAGACCCCAGCACCCCUGACUACCUCAACUCCCUGCUUUCCUGUGGAGACCUUCAGGUGACGGCCAGUGGCCACAGCACCUUCUCGACGGCCCAGAAGGCUGUUGGGAAAGACAACUUCACCCUCAUCCCUGAGGGAACUAACGGCAUCGAGGAGAGGCUAGCCAUCGUCUGGGAGAAGGCUGUGGCGACAGGCAAGAUGGAUGAGAAUGAGUUUGUUGCGGUGACGAGCACCAACGCUGCCAAGCUGUUCAACCUGUAUCCUCGUAAAGGAAGGAUCGCUGUGGGGUCAGACGCAGACAUCGUGAUCUGGAACCCCAAGGAGACCAAGACCAUCUCAGCCGCGACCCACGCACUGACAGUGGAGAUUAACAUCUUUGAGGGCAUGGAGGUCCGGGGAGCCCCGGUGGUGGUGAUCAGUCAGGGGAAGAUCGUCCUGGAGGGGGGAAAGCUGAACGUCACAGAGGGCUCUGGACGCUUCGUACCCAGGAAGGCUUAUCCUGACUUCAUCUACAAGAGGAUCAAAGCACGCAGCAAGGGAUUUGGGAAGCUGUACAAUGGUUAUUUCAAUCGUAGUUCUACUGUCUUACUCCUAUCAGAACCCAAAAUGUACUCCAUUGUUUAUAACGGAUCUUUGCUCUUGUUCUCCGAUACAGGAACUCAGAUUGACGACCACAUCCCACGACGCUCAGCACAGAGGAUCGUGGCGCCACCCGGUGGCCGCUCCAAUAUCACCUCCCUGUCGUGAACCUGGGAGCUCCUUGCUCCUCGCGUCUGCUGUAGGGAGAAAAAUAAAUCAACUACUGUAGCAACAACCAACUACAUCAAUCAAAACAAAUCUCACCCGGCUUCCAGAACUAAACUCAACAGUGAAACCUGAACAUGCAAUCCUCUUCUCAGAUACAACUGUAAAACAGUAUACAGAUUAGAACUACAUUUACCACUAGUAGUUACCAACAGUAUACAGCAUAGAACUACAAUUACCACUAGUAG